AUGAAUAUUAUGAGUAUAUGGUGCAAGUCCCAACUUACUGCACUUACAAGUGAAAAAGAUUUUCCAAUAAAAGAUGAUCCUGAAGAUGAAAUCCAACCAUUAGAAAUUGAUGAACCUGAGGAAUUACAAAUAGUAUUUAAUCUCCAAGCUGAGAUUGAGUUUAAUACAGCACUUCAGGAGUUCCUAAGGGAUUAG